AUGAACUCAGAAAUCGUCUUCCAUGAUUUGACGUCCAAGAAAUGGCCUUACUCCUGGUCACCAUUUACCCUCCGCACAACACUAUGUCUCAAUUAUCUCGGGCUUCCCUACAAACACGACCAAAUCUCGUACCCAGACAUUGCAAACACACUCUCCUCUCUGGGCGUAAAGCUUCCCCCCGAAGAUGCAGACAAGGCAAUCAAAUUCACCCUUCCCGCCAUCUCGGUCGGCGAUGAAACAACAAUGGGUUCAACCGCCAUUGCCGAAAAGCUCGCCUCUUUGAAGUCAGAAUAUGAGAAGAAACUAUUCCCGCAAGGUCAAAAAUCAAGGGAUGUGCUGAAGAAAUUCGAGGAAGAUGUCUUGUCCAAGGUGAACAAAGCCAUGGGUGGGAUGCCAAAACAUGUAAUUGCGUUUGUGCCUUUGUUCUUGGAUGAAAGGGGUUCUGAGUACUUUUACGCAACUCGCGAACCACGUCUCGGCAAACUCGAGACUUUGAGGAUGGAGGGACUUGAAGAGGAGAAAGAAAAAGGAUGGAAAGGGUUGGUCAAGGAAGCUGUUAUGCCGUUCUUAGACUUUUACAAAGAAAUUGAUGGCGAUGGAAAGGGAGUCUAUGCGUUUGGAGGGAAUGAGCCGCAGUAUGUCGAUUUCUGUGUUGCUGGCUUUAUCCAGUGGUGGAUUUGUGCCCGUGGAGAAGAGGAUAUCAUGGCUGCGCUAGAAGAAGCUGGAGAUGGUAGGCUUGCAAAGAUUAUGAAGGGUUGCGAGGGAUUGUUGAAGCCUAAGGAGGUAUAA